AUGCUCUGCUCCGUUCCGCCUACCUCCGGCCUCCUCCAAAGUUUCGGAGCUGCACCAGCUGAACCUGAGGCUCCUGCCUACCUACGCGCGCACACCACGACGCCUCCGACGUUCUCCGCCGGCUACGAGUCUGAAGACUCCUCGCAUGACUCCUCACACAAGGUACACCACGAUCCCUUCAAAUGGCUUGACGACGACCUCGCCGGAUCUGCUACACCUCACGCAGGAAGAGUCGGACGCCCGCUGCAACCGCUCUCUGACGAGUUCACGCAAUUGUUUGCCAACGCCUCGCUCCGCUCCGACUCGGAGGUAUUAACUCCGAACCCCGAAGCUACCUCCGACGCAACCUCCGAGUCCUCCACCGUCCCCGUAGCCCCCGAACCAACCCCCAAAACCUCGACAACCAUGGAGGCCUUAAUGCGCGCACUUGCUCUCCGGUUGGAAUCUAUUGGCACUGGUACUGUUGAAGGUGAUCCUUCUUAA